UCCUUCUUUCAUAGUAAUAUUACUUUUCGUACUGUCCACCUGAAAAAUACAAAGUCUGUCUUCGUUGCAAGCGGUAUCAUGUCGUAUAGCUAUCUCCGUUAAUUUCUUUAGUUGGAACUAAAUUUAAAAGAGAGUAGUGAGCCAGCAUAAUAAUAUAUAUAUAUAUAAUAAUAUCGCAAACGAUUGGAAAAAAAAGAACAAACAAGAUAAAAUAAGAAUUUUGAAACUUGUGGAGGGAAGGGAAGAUCAAACUGUUAAAAAAUACGAGGAGUAGUAGCUCGAAAGAGGAAGAAAGCCAAGCUGUGAGAGAAAGCUGCGGUGGUUUAGCUGUGAUUGCACUUCUCCUUACGACUGCGCGGAUACGUGAGCGCGUAUCACUUUCGCGGGAGCUCGAAUAAGACCAAUUGGGAAAAGUAGAAAUGGUGGAAGUGCUGUUGGAAGCGGGCGGACAGGAAGUGGCAGUCGCCGAAAGCGGUUCAAGAGCUGGCACCCCGACGGAGUAUGCGCCAACCGAUAUGCAAUCGCCCGUCGAAAACGUCGAGAAGCUUACGGCCAUACAGGAGUUUUACGAUGGCCAAUGUAUAUUCGUUACCGGUGGCACGGGCUUUCUCGGAAAAUUAUUAAUCGAGAAAUUGUUGAGGGGAUGUCCUGGUAUUUGUUGCAUUUACGUUCUGAUUCGUUCGAAAAAAGGAAAGGACGUGCUUCAACGCACGGAAGAACUGAUUGAAGAUCCGUUAUUUUCGACGCUAAGAGAGGAGCAACCAAAAUUCCAACAUCGCAUAGUAGCGAUCGAGGGCGAUUGUAUUUUGCCGGAUCUCGGUAUUUCGAUGACCGACAGAGCUACAAUUAUACGCGAGGUCUCCAUUGUCUUUCAUGUCGCCGCGACCGUAAAAUUCAACGAGAAAAUUAAAUCGGCGACGGCUAUUAACGUUCGAAGCCUGAAGGAUUUGUUAAACCUGUCGAAAGAAAUGCCGAAACUGAAGAGUUUCGUUCACGUAUCCACUGCUUUUGCAAAUUGUCUACAAAAUCCGAUCGAGGAGAGGUAUUACGAUCCACCGAUAGAUUCGGACAAGUUGAUCGAUCUGAUGGAUUGUUUGGAUGAGAAAUUGCUCGACGAUAUUACACCGCAAUUACUUGGAAUAUGGCCAAAUACAUACGUUUAUACGAAAUCGGUUGCCGAGAACGUAGUAAAAAAGCAAGCCGGCUCGAUACCGAUUGGAAUAUUUCGUCCAGGAGUUGUGAUAUCCACCUAUCGGGAGCCCAUUCCAGGAUGGAUUGAUAAUAUGUAUGGACCGAUAGGAAUCGUAGCGGGUGCUGGAAUGGGACUGAUACGAUCUCAUCAUUGCGAUGGAUCGCUAAAGGUUAACUUGGUACCCGGAGAUUUGACGAUCAAUGCGCUAAUCGCUAGUGCCUGGGACAUUGCCAAUAAUAAAAGAUCCAACGAAGAUACUCCUAUUUAUAAUUACAUAUCUAAGGAUAAUCCAAUUACCUACGACGAACUAAAAGACAUGUCUGCCAAGUACGGACUAUUAAUACCGACUAAAGAAUCAAUUUGGUAUUAUAGCUUUAGGAAUACGAAAUAUCGGCCGAUCCAUCUCUUCUAUGUCUACUUUUUGCAUCUACUACCGGCUCUUAUAAUCGAUACCGUCGCGUUGUGUAUGGGCAAGCAACCAAGAUUACUCAAAAUAUAUAAUAAAAUUCACAAAUUUAUGGAUGUACUCAGUCACUUUUCUAUAACCGAAUGGAAAUUUACGAACAAAAGAUUGAACGAACUAACUAGAAAAUUAACGGCCGAAGAUCGUAAGUUAUUCCUUUGCGAUAUGAAAGAACUCGUUUGGGAUACUUAUUUUCAAAGCUACAUCCGUGGAAUAAGAAUAUAUAUUUUAAAGGAUCCCAUUGAAACCAUUCCACAAGCUCGUAUAAAAUGGCAAAGGCUUUACUGGAUGCAUCAGACGCUGAAACUUGUUAUCGCUUCUGUCUUUCUUAUUAUCACAUGGGCGUUACUUUCCAAAGUACUUGUAACAUUCGGAUACGCAUAAGAAAGCCCAAGGUAGUCAUAUGAGAGCAUAGGAGAGCUCUGAUGGUCAUAUAAGAAAAAGGGAUAAUUAUAAUUUAUGCUUUCGCCAAAGUACGAAUCGAAGAUUUCUCUUAUUUAAGGGAUCUCGUAUUAAUGGGGCUGAGCUGGGCUAUAGGAGGAGUAAAGAUACAGUUUUCGUGAAUUUUCUUCGCAACAUCAAUAUAUAUAUAUAUAUAUAUAUAUAUAUAUAUAUAUAUAUAUCAUAAUUUGAUUGUUUUUGUCACUUAUUAAGUUACUUACUGUUUAAAGAAAAUCUUUUAUUUUUGUAUUUUUAUUCUGCAGUAAUUGACGAUGAACUGUUGGCAUUUUCGCAACCUUGACAGUGGUAAGAAAUAACGUAGAUCGAUCCGAAAGAAUAUUUCGAAUGGAUUCUUAAUUUGUAAGACUGUCGCUAUUGAAAUGACUAAAAUAAAAAAUUUGCGACAAAGGUAAAGAAAAAAAUCUAAUAUGUUUCAAUAUGGAAUAUAGAAUAUUCAAUAUACUGGAACAAAUGUUUUCAUGUUGUUUUUGUAAUUUUUGCCAUCAAAAAAAGGAUCGAGGAAAAAGCGUUUAAAGUUUGAAAUGUAAGCUUCUACGAAUGUUAAGGGAAUUUAAUAUAUUUACAAUUAAUAUAAGAUGCCAGCUUCAGGAUUGCGCGUGAAAUGAAUAUCAAAGAUUCGAAAAUAUUUUUAUUUAUUCGUUCGUCGCUAUAUUAUAGAUCUAUAAUGCGAUAUAAACGACGUUAGUUUAAACAAAAUUCGUGCGCUCAAUUAAACGGAUUAAAUUGACAGGCUUUUCUUCUCUUUUGUUUGAAUUUUCCAUUAAAAAAGUCUGGCUGCUUACUUAAUCAUUUAGGUGUUUCAUGUUUCGCGAGCAAAUUGGACAAAAACGAUCAAUCGAGAAUAAAAAGAAGCGCUUUAAGAUAAAACAAAAAAUAAUUAA